AUGCUACUGCUGGUAGUAUUGCUGGUCAUCGCCUUAUUUUUCCUUUCCUAUCCCAAUGAAAGUCUUCAGCUACUGCCUUAUUCACUGGAAGACUUGCAACAAUCCAAUCCUUUUGGUCUAUCAGCAACUCCCAAAACAACAACCGAUUCUUCAUCAGAUGUGGAUGAUGGUAUGAAUCUUCUCUUGUACAUUACGACUCACUUCUCAGCACAGCAUUUACGAUAUUUUCAUUGCUGCUGGCCCAAAUUGGUUCAAGAAUCGCCAUUGAUAUCUUCGGCACAUGUGCUCAUUGUGGCAUCCAAUCAUACUCCGGUCGACAGUACCGAAUUGAACUAUCUGUCAAACCAAUUGUUUCAACACAAUCCAAGCUACCAAAUUCACUUUUUGGAUCAAUACAAUGAUAACAAUCCUUGCGAAAAGUUUCGAAAUGAAGUCCCCAAAGGAUCCAAUGCAAAUAAUAAUCCACUCAAACUGCCCGUCAAUUACAAACAAUGCAUGGCCAAUUUGGGUGUUAGAGCCGGAUUUGAACAUGGUUGGGUAUAUGGUUAUAGUAGUCAUGAUACCACCAACAGUGGUGGUGGUGGUGGCGCUAUUACGGGAGAAGAAUCAUUAUCCUCCAAACGACGACGACGACGACGAAUAUCCUAUGUACACUUUGACUGGAUGAUUCGGAUCAAUCCCGAUGUCUUGAUUCGAAAAUCCAAAUGGUUAUUGGAAACCAUGCGAGCAUCGAUGGAUGCACUGCCAAGAUCCGUCUUAUUGGAUACCACCACAACAUUAUUGUCCACCACAACAUCACCACCGCUGAUUGAAAAUAAUGCCACCUUGGCCAUUGUGGUACAUUGUGCUACCCGUCAAUUGCAUACGGAUUUCUUUGCUCUUCGUCCACAUCAUUGGGGGAAUCAUCACUAUUAUGCGAAUGAUGGUGAGAACAACAACAGUACUACAACUGCUAUUACUACUGCUACUACAACUACUACUACUACUACUGCCUUUUCGAAAAUGGGACGCAAGGGCAACAAGUGGAAUCAUGAACGAACCGCCUACAAGGAAAUGGCUCAUUUAUGGACCAAUGGCAACAGCAACAUCAAGUAUCUUCCAGAUGUGGAUCCCAGCGAAGGAUCUUGCAGGGUACGAGGGAAGAAUGCAUCCGUCUAUCACGUUCACGAUUCCUGUCAAGAAGAAGGAGGAGGAGGAGCUGACAUGGAAUGUUUGGCCUUGGAUGGAUGGGAUUUGAGCCAGUUGUAG